AUGAGUUUUCUCUUUUGCUAAUCAAUAUAACUUAACUAGAUCAGAGAUUUAAGCAUAUAAAUCGUUUUUCUUUAUUGCUAUUAGUUAUUUAAAGGAAUUUUUUUUAUUGUCGUUUAGCUAUCAUUUUAAUUGAAUAUCUGUUUAUUAUUGUUGAUUAAAUAUAUAAGAUUCAGAAUUUAACAAGAUGUUUUUACGUUGUGCUAAUUUUAGAAUAUUGAAAAUUAUUUUAGAUUCAAUUAAGUACUUUAAGUUAAAUCUUCCAUUAUUAAAAAAAAAACAUUAUCUCGACUAGUUUCAUAAUUUAAUAAUUGCAAUUUAAUGUACUUUUGUAGAACUUUGAGUGAAAUAUUAUUGCUGUCAACGAUUUUUCAAAUGGUCAAGUCAAGUUGCGAUGUUUUUAAGUUUAUUACUACUCCAGAUACAGGAGCAGCCUCAGUUUCUUUAGAUUUAUCGACCACAUUAUAUACGGACUUUGGAAUAGGAGUUUGGACUAGAUUCUAAAGUCAACUUGAAGAUAACGACAGUUUGAACAAGAAAAUUCUGAACCAUUUUGUUUUUGCCUAGCUAUUAGAUGGAUCAUUUCCGUUGAUUUACUUUAUCAAAUAGGAUAGAGAAGCAUAGGUUAUAUAUUUCGAAGUGAUAUUAUAAAACGACUAGUACUUCGAAAUGAGAGAACUAGAACUUAAGUAGGACUUGGUUGGGUAAAAGUGGGUAUUUUUUUACUUCUGUUAUUCAAAAUCAAUUAAGCAAUAUAAUAUGUUUGUAUACGUAGACAAGGAUACUAUUAACGUACAGAUGGCAGGAGGAGGAGAAUACUUAAAUUAACAUAAUCUAAUCAUACCUUUUACCGUUGGAGGCGAACUAUAAUAUUCGAAUGAAAAGUUUAAUGUGAACUUAGAUUUGAGCCCUUUCGCAGGAGAGAUAAGCGACCUUGACAUUAGAACUGAUGUGUAAAGCUUUUAUCCUAACAUCCCAACGUUUUUGAGUCAUCUCGAAGAUACCAAUUGUGAAUUGUAUAAAUGUCCAGCUACAGCCCAAACAACAGUUUUAACUGAUUUCUACAAUGGCGGCUUUAUUCUAAACAAAUAAGUUACCUUCUUUAAUAAAAGAUUCGUAUUGUUCGGUUGGGUUAAAUUAAAUGAGUUAGCAGAUAUCCGCUCCCUUGAGACCAUAUUGGUUAGAGCCACUUUCAGAAAGAUCUAUUAUGGAGACAAGUAUUAAGGAGAGAAGGCCCUAUAUUGGAAAUACUUUUAAAGCACCAUGCGUGAUUAGGAUAAUGGGUUCGAGGUAUCCACUUAUCACGAUGUCAAAGGAGCUAGCAAUAUAAAAUACCAAACAUUGGAGAGCGACACAAUUUCUUAAAAGUCUGAAUAUUUUUAGAGUGCCAUCACCUCAUGGCAUUGGUUUGUGUAUCAAGAAGGAUUGCCAAAUUCAAAAAUUGAACUUAGCAUUUACUUCGGAAACUAUAAAGAACUGAAAACUUAUUCAAUGACAUAAAUUCAUUAUGAAAAGUCUACUUACUACUUCAAUAUUGGUGGAGAUAAGUUCAUUAAAACCUUCUCUGGCGAAGUUCGUAAUCUAACUUUCUCCUAUUGCCAAGCAAAUGAUAAUAAACCUGAUAGAUAUUGCCACUACAGUUGUAAUACUUGUUUUGGACCAAACGAAAGCGAAUGCAUAGACUGCAAACCUGUCUCAAAAAGAGAGUUAAAUGGCACUUAUUGUCCAUGUAUCAUUAAUUACUUGGAUGUUGGUUUACCAACUUGCAUAAAUAAGUUUACAGUCUUAGGUGGGAUAACGAUAUAAGAAGGAUUAAUUGAAGACUCAUCAGGUUGUCAAAGAAAUCAGUUCUUGGUGAAGAUGAAGGGGAACUCUUAUUGUUUAGAUUGUCCUGGAGCAAUCACUCCUUAUGGUUUAUAUUGCAUAGAUUGCAUUUACAAUCCAAACACUUGGUAUUUAAAUCCAAUCUGUAAAAUUGAUUACUUGAUGCCUUUUACUGACAAAACAACCUACGUAUUUUAAAGAAGAGACAGGAAAAAAAAGGAUUAUGAAUACUUUCUGAUCAACUACAAUAGCAUUUAGGAUCAGGCAGUCUUAGAAACUUGUUUUGGUUGCUUAGGGUAGACUGACAGCACCAUCAAUUUCAUUGAAAAAUAUACAAUGAAUUAACUUUCUAAGAUCAUCUGCAAGAAUUGUUAUGUAUCAUUAAAUGGGGAAUGCGUUAAUUUAUAACCCUAUUGUGAUGAAUGUGAUGAUAAUCAACUAUGUACGACUUGUUAAUAGAAUUACACUUUAUUCUAAUCUAAAUGUUAUCAAUGUCCUAGUUAUUGUCCUGAUUGUAAGUACAAUUCUACUGGAUAUUAUUGUAAUAGUUGUAUUGAUCGAUACUAUUACAAUUCUACAUUAGAACAAUGUCAAUAGUGUGGGGCGUUUUGUGAAAUAUGCUUUUACUAAAGCAGACUCAAUCUCCUUCAAUGUGUGAAAUGUGUUGAUAACGAGAAAUACUUUGUUGCUGCUGAAUACACACAAUGUCUACCUAAAAACCUAGAUAAUUGCAAAUAUCAAGUCUAAGAAUUUUUCAUGACCUUAAGCAAUCAGACUAAUGUUUAUGCAACUUAUAUAUUAAGCAUCGAUUUACAUUCCUAAUAUUUCUCAUAUCCAACUUUUGACCUGUGUUUAAAGUGUAACCCCCAUUAUGUUAAUUUCAUGAAGUGUGGUCAAUAAUAUGGAUGCUAUACAGUGGAUGAGAUAGAAAGUAAAUCUGGGAAGCCUUUACCUUAGGCAUUGAGAUAAAAAGUACUCAAUGACCCCAAAUUCGAACUAGGGUAUCAUGAAAAAUAGCUAAAGGAUACUAUGGAAAAUUAUUACAUAUUGUUUGGAGAUUCUGUUGUUGAUAACAAUAUAUCAUACAAUCCUAUUGUAUUGGAAUAAAAAGAGAUAGGUCAACAAGUAUGCCGGGAUUAAUACUGCUUAUACUGCAUUCAAAACUAUGUUUACUCCCAAGAAUAUUGUGUUAAAUGCUUUAAACCUUACUAUGCACACAAAUUGCAAGGAAACUGCAUCAUAUGUCCGCCUGGCUGUGUCGAAUGCGAACAUGGUAAUAAAUUCUACAAGGAUGGAUGGAAAUCAGACUUGUUGCCUGGUUAUCAAUUAAGAACCAAACAAGAAUGGCAUCACUUUAACCUCUUUGUGCUUUCUACUACUAUUGACGAAUAUGAAGUUACUUGUUUAAAAUGUGCUGAGGGUCUAAUGUAACAGAAUGGAAAAUGCUAUCCUAAGUGUCCCUGUGAAAGUUGUAUCAUCGAAAAUGAAUAAGUUAAAUGUGUCACUUGUUAAAAUUCAAUAAAAACAGUCAUUAAUGAUAAGUGCACUCAAUGCCCUCAAUUUUGUGAAUUGUGUAGAGAAUUUACUCCCCAGGAAAUCAGUCAAAUUAAUCCUUAUUUCAAUUAAUAAAACCCUGCUUACAAGGGAUAUGCAAAAUAAUGUUUAAAGAGAGAUAUUUAGGAUCCUCCUUAAGGAAUUUUAUAUAAUGAUCCUAGUUUAGGCCAAGAACUUAAUUGCAAAAACGCUGACCAAAAAGAUUGCUACUUUUUUGUUGAACUCCAAUAACAAGUCCAUUGUGGAACAACAUAAUUUCAACAGAGGCUUAAUUAAGAGACUGAUGAAGAUGCAAGACAAUAUUUUAUGAAAUAUAACCUACCCUUACAAAAUUUGUUUUCUUCUUCAAAUUCCAGUCACUUCUACAUAGAAACAGAUUACUUAUUCACUGAAUUAAAUUCUAAAAGUGUCAAAUUAAUUAGAUACAUUGUAAACAUAUUACCAAAUAGUGGAGAUUGCAUAAUCAAUAAGAACACUUUUAUUUAGUCUCAAAUUAGAUAGAAUGUAUUUACAGUGAAAUACAUUGAAUUAAUAAUUUAAUCUUAAAAUGACAUCCCUAUUCAUAUGGAAGGUGAUGUAUCAUUUUUAGAAUUUUCAACUGUUACACUGAAGAACGUCUAAAUCAUCCCUACAAGCAAAUAUUUAUCCUUAAAUGUGAAUAGUGUAUUUGGAGUCUCUUUCCUUAUUGAUCAAUUUUCUAUCAAGAAUGCAGUUGAUCUUCAAUUUCAAAUCAAAUUAUAAAACCCUAAUUCAAUUUCAAUUAAGAAUUUUGAAAUUUCAGAUUCAAAAUUAAAUAAUAUUGAUGGUAUUAUUAGAUACUAUUUCACUCAGCCAAUAAAAAAUACAUUAAUUUAUUCUAUAGAUACAAUCCUAAUAUAGAAUUGUUAAAUCCUUAACUCCAACUUAUUCGUUCAAAUCCUGGGCACAGAUUAAGGAAAUCAAAAAUUUAUUGCUAAUAAUUUUAAAUCCUAUAAUAACAAAUACACAAACUCUAUUGUUUUAUAUACUGAAUUCCCCAACCAACUAAGAGAAUCUGAAUUCACAAUCCAAUAAUUUUUAUCUGAUCAAGAACAACUCACUUAAUCGUCCCUAUUUAUAUUACAUGGAGCACUUAGUGUCAUUCUAACUGAUAUUACUGUCUAAAACGGAGAUUUCUUCGCAGAAGUCAAAUUAUUCAAAUUACCAUUAUUCACAAUUAAUAAUAUGCUUAUUGAAGGUAACACAUUUGAAAGUGCUGAUAAUAGAGUAAUCACUAAUGUUGUUGAUGCUUUAUAUCAAGAUAGUAUAUCGAUCAGCUCUCUCACUUUAAACACAAUUGCAUUCAAAAACAAUUUUUACCAAGGCAGCAAAGUCUUCAUUGAAUUGAUUUAGAGUUAGAAUUUUAAAGAUCUAAGAAUAUAGAUUGAUGACUUGUCAUUAGAAUCAAAUUAAUUCACUCUAUAACAAUACUCAAGUCUAAUGACAUCCUCGAAUUCUUCCAUAUACUUUGAUGUAAAUUAGAUGACAAUCUUGAAUUUAAAUAUUGUUCGAGCCUUCACUCUACCAGAAAUAUCAAUUAAUAAUGUAGAUAAACUAGUUCUAAAGAAUAUAAAAGCCACUUUAAACAGUGGAUUUAAGAUCUAGUUAAUUCAUCAACAGCUCUCUUGCAUUUAGUAGAGCCUUGAAAUUGGAUAUGGUAGUAUGCUCUAAAUAUUCAAUACUAAAACUAUUGAAAUUGAUAAACUCCAAGUUUUAGGAUUGAUUGUUCUUAAUUUGCCUAUCAUCACAAUUAAGUCAUUAGAUGGAUCAAAUUAUCGAUAAAAAGAAACCAUAAUGAUAUAAUAGGUGUAAUUCUCAAAUAAUACAAUGAUACUUACUAAACUUGCAGAAUAGCCUACAAUUCUAAGCAUAAUAUCAGAAUAACAGUAAGAAAUAACUCUGAAUAAAAUGAUCUGCUUUAAUAACCAUCAUCACAAUUACUAAGAAGAUUUACUUUUCAAAUAGUCAUCAACAAUUCUCAUACAAAAUCCGAAUUCAAACAUCGUUCUAGCUGAAUCGACCUUCUCUAAUAAUGUUUUGACUAAUAAUUAAGGAUCUAAUUUAGUCUUGAUUAGUAACACUCUUAAAGUGAGUAAUUGUAUUUUUUAGAACUAGAAUGAUUUGCAAUUUAAAUAUUUGAGAGAUCGAUUAAUUUGGGGAUACAAUAAGGGUGAUGUAGUUUAUUUUGAGAACUUAUAUUCCCUGUUUUCUAUUAAGACAAAAGGAGGGAAUGGAUAUUUAUCAGCAAAUUAAAUCAAUUUGUAAAAUAUCUCAAGCAAUAAUUCAUUGGCUUUAUAAGGAGGAGCAUUUUACUUUGGAACUUAAUCAAGUGGGUCAAUUGCGAUAUAGAAUUGCGUCUUUAAUUUCAGUUAAGCAAAUCUAUAAAUGAAAGAAAAGUCAUAAGGAGGAACUCUAUUUAUUGAUGCUUCUCAGUCAGAUUUACAUCUAUCUAUACUGAACAAUAGCUUUUCUAAUAGUUAUAGUAGAAAUGAGGGGGGGACAAUUUUUAUUGAACCUUCAAGGAACAAUAAUUCCAUUAUAAUAUAUUACAAUACAGUAUAGAAUGUAUUUUCAUUCCAGAAUGCAUUCCUCAAACUCCCUGUAACUUUCAGUAGCAAAUCUUUGAUUUUGCAGUUUACAGUGUUUGAUUUAUCAAUUAAAAAUACAUACAUUGGAUAUCUAGAAUAUUUGGGGAAAAUCUAAAAUUUAAGUAGUUCAGAAAUAUCUCUUUAGACUUAAAACUACUUAAUAUCAAUAAAGCGUGGCAAUCUUACAUUAAGGAGUUGUAAUAUUUUUGACAUUUUUGAUUAUGGAGCUUUAGAAGUUUUGGAGGCAAGCUAGAUUAAAUUAGAUACCGUUUUGAUCCAAAAUAUUACAAUAAUCAGUGGGAGUAUUCUUAGCCUUUAAUUGAAUAAAAAAUAUCUGACAUAGGUUUAGCUGAUCAACGUAAAAUUGAAGGAUAUCUCUGAAGUAAUAGGAGAUGUGUCAUUGCCAAAUACACCAAUUUCUACAGUUCCAGAAUCAUUUUAUAAAUGCGAUCUGACUUCUAAUUAACCAACAUCAUUAUAAGCCCUCUAUGAUUAGGAAUAGCGUUAUAUCAUUAGUUUAAACAAUUUCUAUGCAAUUAUAAAGAAUAAGACAAAUCCAAAUUUCAUUUUUGAAAUCGAUUCUGUUUCAGCAAAUCACUACAUUUUAUUAGAUAAUAUGAACAUUUAAAAGAUUAACUGUGCUAAUUGUUAAAAGGGUGUUUUGAAGUUUACAAAUAUUGAUGAGGAAUAAAAUCAAAAUCUAAUUUAUAUAAAUGGUUUUAUUUUAAAAGAUAAUUAAUGUGGAAUUUUUAGUUGUUUUGUAAUUGCAGCUAAAUCAACAAAUGAAAUCCAAUUAUUCUCAAAGUUCAAAUCAAAUAGAAUUCUAGGUUAAGAAAAAGCCGAAUUUGAUAAAUAAAUAUCUACUAUUAAACUAGAGAAAAGUUUAUUUGAUAAUAACCAGGCUACAUUUGGUGGGGCCAUUUUGAUAUCAGCUUUGAGUUCUGUAAUUUCAAAUUGUUAAUUUACAAAUAACAUAGCAUCUUCUGUAGCGGGAGCAUUGUAUUUCGAUUAUGAAUUGGACACAUAAUUGAUUGUGUACGAUUCAGUUUUUGCAAAUAAUUAAGCAAAAGUAGGUGGCGCAUUAUAUUUAAGUGAUUUUUAAAUGUAAUCACCAUCAAAAAUGAAUAACGUAUUCCAAGGAAACCAAGCAUCUUAUUUUGGUGAUAACUUAGCAAACUAACCAACUUAAUUGACCUUAUAGAUAGGAUCAAAGAUCAUGCAGAAAAAAAUACUUGAGAAAAAUUCAACCAAUAAAACAGAAAUUAUAGAUGUAAAGCAAUAUAAAAUGGGAAGCUUAGAAUAUGAUAACAUAAUGUUACCCAGUGGAUAGCCUAUUGGGGGAUACUAAAUUUUUGAUGAAAUAACCUAAUCUUACAUUCCAUAUAAUUUUACUUUUAGAAUAUUACCUCUGAAUGACGAGAAUAGUCAGAUUAAGUCUUUGGAAGGUAGUAAAUGUUUUAUAAGGGGGAGGUAAAUUAUUGAUAAGUAAGAAGGAGAAUUCUUAACUAAUUUCACUAGCAUCACAGAAGUUUUAUUCAAUUCAACCAGUCAGGAUUACAAUCUUGAUUAAAUGGAAAUUACAUUCGAUCCUGAUUAUUCUUCAAUAGGAUAUUUAUAACUUGAAAUAACAUGCAAUUCAAUUAAAAUUCCAAUCUUUGAAGAAAAACCUCCUUAUUUAUUGUAGGAUUAUUUCACGAAUUAUAGAUUGAGAGUCAAUCUCUAAACUUUCCCUUGUCAAAGAGGAGAAUAUAAAACUAGACUUGGAACAUGUAAAUUAUGUGAUUCUAAUGCUGAUUAGUAUAAUGUUAAAGCUGGUGAUUAAUGUUAAAUCAAAGACCCUAUCAAAAUGUAGUAAGUCUCUUCAGCCAGAGUCAUGUUAAGACCAGAAUAUUGGAGACCCUUUGAAAGCAGCGAUAAAAUAGAAUAUUGUCUGAAUUUACCUGAAAACUGUGUGGGAGGAUGGAAUCCUGGAAAUGAUUUAUGUUCAUAGGCACACGUAGGAGCAUUAUGUGAAUAAUGUGAUAUUUAUAAUAUUAGAGGUCAAGGAGCGCAUUCGGUUAGUACUUCUUAUAAAUGCGGAAGUUGCAAUAACAUCGGUGAUAAUACACUUAAAGUUAUUCUAGUGAGCAUUUGGACAAUGAUCUCUAUUUUUUUAUCAGUUAAGGGAACUGUAGAAACUGUAGAUAAAAUGAUUACGUAAUCUAAGAUGCAUCACCUCAAAAUCUUUCGUAAAGAUCCAAAAGCAGGAUAUGGAAGUGUGUUGAUAAAGGUGUUGACAAACUAUUUGUAAAUUAUUGGAGCUGUCUCAACUUUUUAACUUAAACUCCCAAGUGCCCUUUAAUCAUCAGUGAGAUCAGUUGGUAAUCCAACAGAGGCCAUGAGUUUUUCCCUUGAUUGCUUUCUAGUUAACCUUGUUGAUAUCAAUAUCAUAUAUUUCAGAAUGAUAUGGGCUCUAUUUAUGCCCAUGUUGUACAUUUUUACAUUCCUUAUAAUUUAUGCCGUUGUGAUAUUAAUACGGUUAGCUAAACCAAACAAAUCUGCAAUAACAACGACAGCAAUAUAUUUGUUCACCUAUUUAUAGCCUACUUUAAUUGGUGGAUUUAUAUCCUUACUUUCCUUUAGACAAAUUUCUAAUCUAUACUGGAUUCAAGGCAAUGUAGCUUAUAGGUACGAUACUUAAACCCAUUUCAACUGGAUUUUAACUUUUAUAUUGCCUUCUACUUUAACUCUUGCCUUUUUUAUUCCAGCAUUCAUGUUCAUCAGUUUAUAUAAACAAAGACAUCAUUUAGAUAAAGAAAACACCAGAAAAAAUUGGGGAUAUUUGUACAACGAAUACUAAACAGAAGCUUAUUUUUGGGAAAUUGUCAAAAUACUUGAAAAAGGAUUUAUCAUUAUAUUUUUAACAUUCUAUGAGGAUUUGAUCAUUAUAAAAGGAGCCUUAGUCUUCAUUAUCGUUUUUAUUUAUUAAGUAUUAACUAGAUCCUACAGGCCUUAUAAGUUGCCUUUCUUAAAUUUGAUUGAUGAAUUUAGUACUCUUAUUUGUGGAACAUCCAUUGUCAUAGGAAUGACAAUUUAUUAAUCCUCUUUGUCCAACAAUUAGGAAAUUGUUUGGCCAUUCUAUAUGCUUUUAAUUAUAUUCAACCUGGUUUUCAUUAUAAUUAUUCUUUGGGAAAUUGUAUUGGCUUAGCUUGAAGAUUAACAAGAGAAUAUUGAUAAGGUUAGAGAUAUGAUCAAUAAAAAAUACCCUCGUCUUAUAAAUUCAAAUUGGAUCUUCAAAAGGCUGUUGACUAACCGCGGACAACAGCAGAAAAGAGUUAAAAAUAGAUUUUAAAUGAUAAGAAGGUAUCUUAUGAAAUUAGUUCGUAAUAAUCCAGGAAUAUAUAAAUUGCCUACUCCUCCACCCUCAAUUCAAGAAAUUCCAUUUAUAAACCAAGAGAAAUAAAAUCUCUUACCAGCUCAUCAAUAGAGCAAUUAAGAAAAUAUGAUAGCACCAUAAAGUAAUGGAGCAAAAGUAUUUCCGGUGGAUCAUGAUUAAAGAACCUUUGAAAGUGUUAGAUAUGAUGAUAAACGUUAAUCCCCUUGA